AUAACACCAUAUCGCAACCAGCUUUCUAGGAUUAUUUUAUUAUACGAUGGCUCAGAUUCAAAAACUUGAGGUUGUGCAAGAGGUCAAGUGUUGUCCAGACAAGUUGUACCGCAUGUUUACCCGUGAUGCACCCCAACUGCCAAAGUAUCUUCCAAAAGCCUUUCACAGCGUUGAAGUUAUUGGAGAUGGAGAAGUUCGUUUAGGCACUGGCUUUGUGUGGAAAGCCGUACCUCAUCAUGCUGGAUCAGCGAUCCUGACCAAGCAGAAGAUAACGGAGGUCGACAACAAAAAUAGGUCGAAUACAUACACUGUCUUUGAAGGAGAUGUCAUGAAAAACUUUAAUAGUUUUGAUUUCAAAUUGGAUAUUACUCCCAAGUCUGGUACCACUGAUGGUACCAGUUUAGUGAAGUGGUCUGUAGAGUAUGAAAAAGCUAACGAAGAUGUGAUUGAUCCGACAGAAAUCAUCAAGGCAUGUGAAGUAGCUACUACUGAAAUGAAUAUCCAUUUGCUAAAGAAAGCAUAGAGAGUGGAAACAUGCAAUUUGUAAGACAAUUGGGUGUUGUGUUGUUUUAAAACUAGGUGUAUCUAAAUAAAGGCUGAUUAAUCUAUAAUCACUAUCCAAAUAAAUGCAAAUUAAUUGGGUUGAUUUCAGUAGCAGUAUGCUUCCGCCUUAACGUAAGUUCAACACUGGAUAA